AUGUCGAACCCUCCAAAGACUGCUGGGAAGAAGAAUAAGAGCGCUGGCACGGGAGAGCCAAAGGAGAAGAGUGAAGCGCUGGCGUCGUCGUCGGCGUUGAUCAUCUGUCGGAAUAAGCACUGGCGCUACAUCUCCUCCUUCCACGGCCCCUGGCUCCAGCUGCCCCCCGAGGUCCUCACCUCCCUCCUGCACAGCAACCACCACGCCCCGCGCCCGCGCCCCAUCGACCCCUCCGUCCUCUCGGACCUCGUGCAGAUCCGGCACCUCGUCGACGAUGCCACAACCCUCGCCGUGCGCGCCGCCUCCUCCUCCACCCCCCGCCUCUCGCGCGAACGCAAGCACCGCAUGCGCGAGCUCGCCACCCAGAAGCUCUCGCGCGCCUACCACCUCGACGAGAUCGCCGCCUCCGUCGCAACAAUGCAGAGCGCCAGCUCCCUCGAGGACGUGGCGGCCCUGGUGCUCCAGCGCAACCCCGACGACCCCGACGCAAAGUACGUCCACUUCUUCCACGAGAAGAUCCCGUCGCGCAUGCUCGCAAAGUGCACCAGUCUCGCCCCGCUCGACGAUGUGAUUGCGGAGCGCCCCGGCGAGGGCGCGCCGCUGAGGACUAGGGCCGUCACGAAGGCGUUCAAGGACGACCAUGUCAGCGCCGCGGCGGACCUGACGGCCGCGCUCAAUGUGUGUAGGCCCGCGAGGCAUGGGCAUGAUGUUGUGGUUGCGCGCGGGGGCGCGGCGGCGGCGACGGAGGAGCAGCAGCAGACGCCGUCGAGUCUGGAGGCGCAGCUGCUGUUCCAUAGGGCGUCGACGUAUCUGACGAUUGCGGCGGGGGCGGUUGAGACGGCGCUGGACAGGCCGAAGGCGGGCGCGGCGCCGGUGGAGGAGGCGGAGAAGGAGGCGGCGAGGAAGGUCGUCAGGGCGAAUGCAAAGAGGGCGCUCAGGGACUUUGUCAGGUUCCUGGGGAACUUUGAGUACACGCCCGGGCUGCCGGCGGAGACUCGAGACGAGUUUGUGAGGAAGGUGAACGAGGAGCUGGGGCGUGGCCGCGGCAGCGAGUCUGGAAACACCGAGAAGGACGCCAAAAAGCUCCUCGAGAUGUUCUACCGCCAGAACAGCAGCAGCAGCACUGCCUCCGACAGCAGCAACGGCGGUAGCAGCAGCAGCAGCAGCGCUCUCACUAGGAUCAGCGGCGGCGGCGGCGGCGGCGGCGGCUACAGCGGUACCAGCACAGGCUCUCGCCCCUUCACCUCCCUCCCGCCGCCCCCGGUCUACGCCCUCUCAGCGCUCUUCACCUCCCCGCCGUCCUCUCUGCCCCCAUACCCGUGCACCGCGCUCACAACCGCCAGCGCCCCACCACCCACGCCCACCUCCGCCGCCCUCACCGCCCUCCUCUCCGACUCCACCGAGUCAAUCACCUACCACCCACUGCUCACUGACGCGCUACACAGUCUCCUCCUCUGCCAUGUCCUCCUCAGCACGCCGCCCAAGGAGCUGCUCCGGCACGCGCACAUGGUGGCGCGGCUAGCGCGCGUCUGCGACGGCUACCCCAUCUUCCUUGCUGCGCGGUCGCCGGCACGCGCAGACUGGAUCGAGGUCCUGCGCAAGACGGGGAACUUUGUCGGCAUUGAAGGGAGCUGGGAGGCGCUGUGCUCGCCGGCGCCCUUGGGCGGUGGCGGUGGCCCGCAGGCGCCAAAGAGGUGGGCGCAGGAAGAGGGGGGGAAGGAGUAUCCGGUGGUGACGGAGCGGGCGGGGUGGCUGGCAAGGUGGGUGAAGGAUGUGGCGAGAAGGGAAAGGGCGAGGGUGGAGGAUGGGACGGAGGUGGCGGUGGUACCACAGCAGCAGAGGAGGAAGAAGGCGCCGGCGAAGUCUGGGGCGGUGGUUGUUGGGGCGGCGAGCGCCGCGUCGUAG